GUGAAGACAACUGGACACGCCAACGACCAGCAGCCAUGUUUGCGGGCCGGGCGUCGGUGGUAGGAGUUGCAGGGGGCUCGGGCGGCAAAGGUGCCAAGUUUUCUGUGGAAGAGCUGUACGGCUUCAACAAGAAGCCCAAGGCGAACAGAGUGCAUUGUGGGAAAGUGGACAGGGUCGACAGCAAGAAGGAGAGCAAAGAGAAGGAAGAAUCCGUACUGGCGUCUCACAUCCUGGAGGCAGCCAAGAGGGUGAUGGAGCGACGUAGGCUGGAGGUCUACCUGAAGGAGUGUGAUGUCACCAUAGAGGAGAGUGGCAUGGCGUACAGGAAUCUUGGAAAAUCUGGACUCCGAGUGUCCUGCUUGGGACUAGGAACGUGGGUGACGUUCGGCUCUCAGAUCUCAGACGAGAUGGCGGAGAGUGUGAUGACGUUGGCGUACGACAACGGCGUCAACUUGUUUGACACGGCUGAAGUCUACGCCUCUGGCAGGGCUGAAACAACUUUGGGAAACAUCCUCAAGAAAAAAGAAUGGAGGAGGUCCAGCUACGUGGUGACCACAAAGAUCUACUGGGGAGGACACGCCGAGACCGAGCGAGGGUUGUCACGGAAACACAUUAUUGAAGGGUUGCGUGGUUCUCUCGCCAGGCUCCAGCUGGAAUACGUUGACAUAGUCUUCGCCAACAGAAGUGAUCUCAGCACACCCAUGGAGGAGGUGGUGCGAGCAAUGACCUUUGUGAUCGGUCAGGGCAUGGCGAUGUACUGGGGGACCUCACGCUGGAAUGCCGUGGAAAUCAUGGAAGCAUACUCCAUUGCUCGCCAGUUUAAUCUGGUUCCUCCGGUGUGUGAGCAGGCCGAGUAUCACUACUUCCAACGAGAAAAAGUAGAGUUACACCUGCCUGAACUCUAUCACAAGAUCGGUGUUGGAGCAAUGACAUGGUCACCAUUAGCAUGCGGAAUGCUAACAGGAAAAUACAACAAUGACGUCCCCCAGGGCUCCAGAGCUGCCAUGAAGGGUUAUGCAUGGCUGAAGGAACGUCUUUGCAGUAAUGAAGGCAAACAGCAACUGAGUAAAGUCAAAGAGCUUCACCUGCUGGCUGACCGACUCAACUGCACCUCCGCUCAGCUGGCCAUCGCUUGGUGUUUGCGCAGCCAAGGCGUCAGUUCGGUUCUGCUUGGUGCUUCCAACACGGAUCAACUGCUGGAGAACCUCAACUCCAUCAGGGUUCUAUCACAGUUGACUCCGCCCUUCAUCGCAGAGAUAGAUUCGUUGCUUGGCAACAAGCCAAAAAAACCCAAGAAGGAGGCGAGAUGCUGAGCAGGAUUUAACGAUGGGGCCGAGAGUGUGAAGACAAAAGUGGUGACCCCCAAGUUCAUCAUGAACAUGCCACUUCCUGUCAGGUUGUUCAUCCUCAUCUCCAUGACAAUGUUUGACUUUUUUCAUCAACUUUUCAAAAUAACGUAAUGUUUUUGUAUUAUCAAAAUGUCAUGUUUAUUAGUGACUUUCCUGAUCCCAUGCAUGUGUCCAUGUUGAUCACCUUACCUUGUGUGUGUAUGUAUAUAUGUGUGUGUUACAACUAGCCCACACCUGCACAAAGAAAUAAACACAUUUAAAGACCAACAAAAAAUGUGCCACUACUGCAACAACAUUUUCCCCUGACCUUACCUGGGGAUGGCAUGCCUUCAAAGGUUUUAUUACCUCGCCUACUUUUUGUCAUACAACCAAUGCGAA